AGAGCUGGGCAAAACUCAGACGCGAGACACUUCAAGACAGCGCGGCGCACCCAGCCCACCGACGUAUUCAAAGCUCAGCACGAGACGCGCGAGAUCAAUCUGCGUCGGAUCCCGAGUUUUGAUCUUCCUUCCAGCGUAUAGAAACGACAAACAAUCCGAUCAAAGUCGAACGUAGCUCUUUGCAAGCCAAGGCCUCCAGUUGUGCACUACCGCUGUAGUUUGUACCUUUAUUUCAAUAUUUACACUGCAGUACGAGUCGAAAUGACGUCAAGGGACCUAGUCGGACGCCCACUGGUGCCGUUCUUCGAUGGCGACGACAAUGUGAACGACGCACUGGAGCUGGCGGAAGGAGACGACGAGCAUGAAGAAAUGGACGUCGACGCGCGCGUCUGGGACAAAGAGCUUGGAUACUUCGUGUACCCUUCUGAACAACAGGGAGCUGCAAUUACACACCGAGAAUCGAGGACAGACAGCGCCAGCAAAUUGCUGCUCACGCCCUCCAUGAUGCUGUCCAGCAGCGCACCAGAACACUUCAACUCUAUGGCUGCGAAUGGAGACCCCGUGCGUGGAACCACAGAUGAGGCCUCUGCAAGCAGCAGCUCAGCAAAGAGGGGAUCAAAGCAAAAGAGUCGAUCCAGUACACCGGGACGGCGACGGAAGGACAAAGAAGAAGGAGAGGAGGCUGCUGCAACAAACGCUGUAUCAUUCAAGAAGGGCAAAAGCAAGAGUGCCAACGCAAACAACAGUGGCAACACCCAACAGGCGCGUAAUGGAAAGCAAAAGGAGCAGCUAUCAGCAUCGGGCAAAUGGGCCUGGUCGGCGUUCCAAUCGUCGCCCGACCCGACUGAGUUGCCGAUGCCACCGUUCCUCACUAAACCAGUGGGAGGCGUGGGUAGUGGGGAUAGCUCUCCUCAUGUUGUAAAGGCCCCAGCGCCUCCUCUUCCUCCUACACCGCCGCCUACUGAGCAUGUGAAUGUGCCCUUCGCACCGCCACUCCCUCCAGGGCCACCUCCUUCUCAUCCACAGCAGCCUCCGUUGCCACCGAUGCCUACGACACCCCCGGAGGCACAGACGUCAAUCGAGUUAUCGAUGACUCAGGAUCUUCGUAGAAUGCUCAAUAUUGGCGGAGGCUAAGCUGUUAAACGGUGACCGGUGCGAGUGGUGCGAAAUAGGUGAAAGCGAGUGAAAGUCUUGAUCAGUGAGAGCGAUCAAGCAUUGUGGAGACAAGCGAAA